AGACUGCAAUGCAAACUGUUCGGAGACGUGAGGGUUUCCUCACUUUUGCAAGAUGGGUCCAACAAUGCAGUCCGGUUGGAUUGUCGGAGGUUUAGCAUUGCUUUUUGCAGUGAUCGGCUCUGUUGAAUCUUCGUGCACCGUUACCCCGGCAAAAGUCGAAACAACCUAUACUGGGCGUGUGCGCCAUUACUGUGUCCACAAUGUGACAAAGGGGAAUUCCACGGUGGAGAUCGAACUGCUCUUAGACUCAAAGUUUGAAACACGUGACUGUCAAAGAUGCACGUGUUCUCGCAUGGGAUUAAGCUGCUGCGGGUAUGGAGUGGCUUCUAAUGAGCGCAUUCACGUGCCAAAAGGCUGCCACCCAGUCGCUGAUGGUUGUCAGAUUGCUCUGAUUUCGGACAUUGAUAAUGUGACGGACUGCUACAGCAUAGGACCGCAUGCUGCCGCUCGCCGGCGCGAUGAGAUGAUGAGAGGAAUGGCCAGGCAAAUCGCCCAUCGAGAGUAUCCACAAGCAAUGCAGUACUGGCACGGUCUUAACCCGCCACCCAUCAGCCCCCUUGCCGUCUUGUUCGGGGGCGCUGGUAGGAGGGGUCCAAACGGUCGGGUGGCGGAACAGCCCGAGGGACUGAUGGAGUCAUUCUUGCUGAUGAGUAUGUUUGGGGGCGGAGCCGGUGGCGGCAUGGGGUUGGGUGUGCAACCUCACUCAGCAGGUGGCGCUGGAGAUCCGAUCGGACACAUGGGAGGCGGUGGGCAAAAUAUGGACGGGAUGAACAUGGAAAUGGGCGGCGGUUUUGGGGGUUCACUUUUCGGGUCGCCCUUGGGGAUGGGUCUUCUAUUUUCAUCUUUCAUGAGUUAAGCUACUAUGCAUUUAACGAUAUGACAUAUUCCAUGCCAAACGUUUCAAUUGAAUAUUACUUUCAAAUUAACGUAAUUUUAAAAAAAAAUAUGGACAGGUUUAGAACUUUGAAAUAGAAUGUACUAUUACACUAUUACAUGAUAUUUAUAUAAUGGUUGCCUUGUGAAUUGUUUUCACUAUUUUUAUCUUUUCAUAUUGAGUUUCUUGAAAUCAUUUUGUAUGAUAAGAUUGCAUAUGAAUAUUGUUCAUUGAUAUUAUUUAUUUUUACUCAUCACUUUUAUCAUCUGUUGAACAUUAAAAGAACAUUUCGACACCACUCUUUUAUUUUUAUUUUG